ACAUUCUCCUUAUCAUCUGCAGUUACUCCCCCCCCUUGUGAUGCAUUUUGUGUUCAACCCAUAUAUCACAGAUAGAUUCUGCAUUAAAGGUUUCUGAUGUGUAAAGGUGCUCCAAAACACUUUGAUGAUUGAGAUGUCUACUGAUUAUUAACUCAUCACAUGUCCAGUCACCCUCUGAUUCCAACCCCCCUCCAUGAUGGUUUAAUUAUAUGAAUGUAUCCCCAUGUAACUCAGAAAAAGAUAACACUUGACUUGGAAUGGUUCCACAUAACCAAGAUGAAGUAGUGCUGGCAACCUGAAGGCAAUGUAGUAGAAAUCAUCAUAAUCAUUCACAUGCCAGGAUAUGGAAGUUGAAGAGUUUGCAAAGAGUUCAACUAUUCUAAAAGAAUCUGAUGCCAAAGAAUGGAAGACUCCUUCCGAUGUUAUGCAGCGAUUUCAGCUUCAUCGAAAGACAUUGAAGGCUCGAUUGAGACGACAUCCAACAGAGAAUUCAUCUCAUUCAACUUCUGUGAUCACCUCCAACUCUCCAGAACUCUCAAACACUAGUACUGGCCGGGUGGAAUCACAUUCAUUCCAACUUGAAAGCACUGGUACCUGUGCCAGAAAGAGAAGGAAUCCCUUCAGGUAUGGAGCUCCAAAACAACCUCGUUUGGAUGGGGACAUAGAUCAAGAAGAUACCAUGUUCCAGCUCCUUAACAUGAACAAAUCUGUUACUCCUUCAACCCUAGUUACCAGCUUCAAGAAAAUACUAAGUACAAAGGAUGAUCCAAAGAGUGUGAGUCAACAGGUUGAUGGAGAAUUUGGAAAAGAUGACCUGCAGUGGACCAAGGAACUUCAAUUUGAUUGGACCAUCAAGACCAGGCUGAGGCUAACGUCCACAAAACCUCUGCCAGGAUCCAAGAUCUUAAAAACAUCAGAGGAGGCAUCAGGCACGACAGCUUUUGUCCGAAACCUGGACCCCAGUUCAGAAGUAUUCAACAUGGAUACAAGUUUCAAUGCUCAGCUGCAGAGGAUGCUGGGUUAUUGGCAAUAUCCAUCAUUCCCAUGGAUUGAGAUGUUCCCUCGGCGACCCAUGACUAUGGGAAAUCCCCUUCCUUCUAUGCAGAAUCCCAAGAUACUAGACUCUCUUUUGCAAUCUUGGAGGGAAAGUUUUAGGAGUUUAUGUCAGCUGGUGCGUGCACGCCAGUGUCCCUAUUUCUACAUCCUUUCACAUGCAUUUACAUGCCUGGUGAGGGCAGGAGGAGUUGGAGGGAUCCCUGAUAUGCAUAUUCUGCUCACUCCAUCUACACGAGGUUUCAGAGAGGCUCUCCAUCAAGAGGAUAUUGAAUUUUCAAUGCCAUUGAGGAAGGGAAUGGAAGAGAAAGUGAGCAAGCAGAAAGCAGAGAAAGAGAGGGGCAAAGAAGAUGAGGGCUUUGACAGCUUGGGAUCAUCAGGAGAAGAUGAUGAGGACCCAGAAAGGGAAGUGGACAACCGGCCAGAAUCUCUGCUUCUCAUUCAAGGAGGAGAUACACACACUUUCAUCAAUUUUCUUCUCAAUGCCAAAAGCCUUGUAGCCCCUGUUGGGUUCCAUGCUGGUUUGCCUCCAACUCUGCUUGCUCCAGCUGCUUUCGCAGGAGCUCAACUAAACUUCCUUCAUAUGUCAAGAGGGCAGGUUCAAGAAGGCCAGAAAGUGAGACAUACUCUGGAAAUACGUGGACCAAUUCUACCUCAAGCACUACUUUCAAUCCUGCAUCUUGUGGCUGUGCAUGUUGAAGAGUAUCAAGCCAAUGCAUCUGCAAUGAGAGACUGCUCCAGUUUUAAUGCUUAUGUGACCGAGGAUAAAAUGAUGGUCUCUUCUGUCUUUACUGAACACAGUCUACAUGACUGUGGCUUGCCACAAUGGCUCCUCAAGCCCCUAUGCAAUGGAACUGUACUUGCACAUCCUACCCUUGAUCAGGUUUCUUGUAGAUCGUCUCAGUUCUAUUAUUCUUCUCACCCUCCUAUUUGAUAGUUCGUGUUCAAGUAGCUGUAUUAUUCCAUCUUCUUUUGCUGGACCACUUAUGACCUGUUUGAAGUAUUCUCUGAGGGUAGGAAUUCAGUGCUAAGUUUUAAAGCAAGCCAUUGCUGAUGAUGCUAACAAUGAAGCUCCAUAUUUAAUUUUUGCAUUUGCACACAUAUUUCAACCAAGAAGUCUAGUCAUGGAUGUCUUGCUUUGCAUGACAGUCUGGAAACUGCUCUAUGACCUCAUCUGCCUUUUCUUCUCUGAAUACUUUCUGUAAGUUCAGCAAUUUCUAUUUAAAUUGGGGAUUGGAAGAUGUCAGAGCAUUUUGCCUCCAGUGCAAGGUAUGUUGGGCUGCUAAAGACCAUCUGCUGAUUGUGUUUCAGCACAUGCCUUAUUGAUGUACUAGAUGCCAGGAAUAUGUGCAGCUGCCAAAUGUUAUAUGAGAUGAUGAUCCCCAAUCUUGUGUUUCAUAUGGGAUGAGAGUGGUAUCCUGAAGUUGCAUUCAGUUGUGAUCUGUGUUGAUGCAACCUAUUAAUACUGAUGAUAUUUGUAGAAUGGAAGAAGGUACAAGUUUCCUGUUCUUAUGUUUGUGGAUUUAGAGGGUCAGAGGACUGCAGAAAAUGCUGCUCUCUGCUCUAUUAAAGGGCUCAAGAUUAUAGGGAGAUUUGUAUUACUACUUGCAGGUUUGCAGGAAAUCUGUGUACAAUUUGAAGAUCAGUAAUGAUUUUCCAUGGCAGACUAUGAUAGUGUGCAUAGAGAAACAGGGAUAAAUGCCUCUACAAGAGACAGGAUUGGAGAGACUUAACUCUUAGAUAUGGGAAAUUCAAAUGCCACAGAAUAACAUGAACAAAAUGUUACUUAUCCCCAUUAUAAUCUUGGGCCCUUCGAGUACUCUUGUAUGAUAAGAACUUCUAGUGUACUGGUUGUCCAAGUAUCUUCCACUGAAUCAUGUGGCAGAUUUUAUGGAAAUGGGAGUAUUGCAUCAAGUCUCUGCAGACAGCAUCAUGGAAGACUUCCUUGGAAUGCUCUGCAUCAUCCGUGAAAGUGGAAAUAUGAAAUACUACUGUAUGGAAUUCCUGCCUCAUUAGCAAUCAAAUUUGGAGUAGAAGGAGAAUGAACACCUGAAUUUA